AUGGAGACCAAGUCAACGGAAAGAGUCAAUCAAACCAGCAGCGUCUCCGAGUUCAUCCUCCUGGGACUCUCCUCUCAGCCUGAGCAACAAAAACCACUCUUCGUCCUCUUCCUCAUCAUUUACCUGGUCACCGUCGCAGGGAACCUGCUCAUCAUUCUGGCCAUCCGCACAGAUCCCCGUCUCCAGACCCCCAUGUAUUUUUUCCUGAGUUUCCUGUCUUUCACCGACAUUUGCUUCACUACGACUGUCGUUCCCAAGAUGCUGGCAAACUUCCUGUCAGAAAGAAAGACUAUCUCCUAUUCCGGAUGCCUGACGCAAAUGUAUUUCCUCUAUGCCUUGGGAAACAGUGACAGCUGUCUUCUGGCAGUCAUGGCCUUUGACCGCUACGUGGCCAUCUGUGACCCCUUCCACUACGUCACCACCAUGAACCCCCGCCUCUGUGUCCUGUUGGUGAGCUUCUCUUGUUCAUUUCCUCAUUUCCACUCACUCCUCCAUGUACUUUUGCUGAAUCGUCUCACCUUCUGUGACUCCAAUGUCAUCCACCAUUUUCUCUGUGACCUCAGCCCUCUGAUGAAAUUAUCCUGCUCUUCCACACUUGUCAACGAAGUUGUGUUACUAAUGGAAGGGGCUGUGGUGUUGGUGACCCCCUUUGUGUGCAUUGCUUUCUCUUACUUACGAAUCCUCAUCGCAGUUCUGAAGAUUCCCUCCGCUGCGGGGAAACGUAAGGCCUUCUCCACCUGUGGGUCUCACCUCACCGUCGUGUCACUCUUUUAUGGAAGCAUCUUCUACGUCUACUUACAGCCAGUGUCCACGUAUACGACCCAGGACCACAUGGCGACAAUAGUCUACACAGUUUUCUCCUCCAUGCUAAAUCCUUUCAUCUACAGCCUGAGGAACAAAGACUUGAAGCAAGGCCUGAGGAAACUAAUGAACAGGAAGACUGCUUAG